UGAGCUUUAUAAACUCAAUGAUAUAUUUAAAAAAAGAAUUGACAUGGUUUGCAAACUGAUAUGUGACAUGUAUUAAUGCCAAAAUAACAUGCAAAACAGGCAUUGCUAAAAAUGUGGGGCUCUGCCCCACCUGCCCUGAAUGACGGGUCGCUAUUGACAAGGACUCAGUUCUCUUAAAUCUUCCAUACAUUGUCAGUCAUACUAAUGUAACUGUGUCUGAGGUUUGCGAAUGACAUUUCCCCUCUGUCUGUGUCUCCCCCCAGACAGCCUACUCAGAGCUAGACACAUUCAUGCUUGAGGUUCUGGGCCCGUAUGCCGUCAACGUGACCACAGCCGUUUCCCUAUGCCAGGGGCGUGGCCACUGCUUGCGCCACAAAUCCAAGAGCUCCGCCUACCUGCACCUGCCGCCCUUCAACUUUCUGAUGACAGAGAGGAAGGUAGAGAUGGUGCAGGUCACGGACCAGCUGGACCCUGGCAACCUGGAGGCCUGGAAGAGGGACUUAAAGUGCCAGUGUUAUGAGUCCCUGGAGGGGCCAGUCACCGAUGAGGUCCUCAAGGACAGGGCUGAGGUCAGGGCACAGAUUGCCCUUCCAGCCAGACUGAAUCCCCCCUUAUUGAGUGAGCUGAACCAGGAAACCAGCCCCACCCUCGCUCUCUUGAACCACAGUGGACCGUCACUCACUGCACCUCUCCUACCUCUACUGCUGGUAUUAACCACAGCUUUAAGCCUUAGGAGUUCAGGCAUAAGUCUGUGUUCAGGCUGACUAACCAGCAGGACUAUCAGGUCAGGCUAAAGACUGUCGCAUUAGUGUAUAAAAAAGGAGCAUGGUACAAAAAAUAUCUAUUUCUAAAAAUGAAAUCUGAAAAUUAUAUUUUUAUUUUGGAAAGUGGAUCCUUUUUUGGGGUCUGUGUUGUCUAAACAAACAAAUACACUUUUUAUUCAUAGGAUGAGGUUAAC